AUGGAGAAUAUUUCAGAGGUGACAGAAUUCCUUCUUGUGGGAUUAACUGAUGCCCCAGAACUUCAAAUCCCUUUAUUUAUAACCUUCACUCUCAUUUACUUUAUCACUCUGGCUGGAAACCUAGGGAUGAUUGCGUUGAUUCUCUUGGACUCCCGGCUGCACACACCCAUGUACUUUUUCCUUGGUAAUCUUUCCCUGGCAGACUGUGUCUAUACCUCAGCUGUCACUCCUAAGGUAAUGGCGGGGAUGCUCACAGGAGAUAAGAUCAUAUCGCACCAUGGAUGUGCUGCCCAGAUGUUCUUCUAUGGAGCCUUUGUCACUACUGAAAGUUUUCUCCUUGCCACGAUGGCUUUUGAUCGUCAUGCAGCAGUAUGUAAACCCCUGCAUUACACCACAACCAUGACAAGCACUACAUGUGUCCUACUGGUCACUGGCUCCUACAUUUGUGGACUCUUUCAAACUUCCAUCCAUGUUUUCUUGACUUUCCAUCUGUCCUUUUGUCAUUCCAAUGUGGUCAAUCACUUUUUCUGUGACAUUCCCCCCGUCUUGGCUCUUUCUUGUUCUGAUAUUUACACAAAUGAGAUUGUGCUCUUCGCAAUGGUAGCAUUCAAUGUCUUUUUCACUCUCCUGGUUAUCUUGAACUCUUAUCUUUUUAUUUUUGUUGCUGUCUUGAAGAUGCAUUCAGCCCAGGGACAGAGGAAGGCCUUCUCCACCUGUGCAUCCCACCUCACCACUGUGUCUAUCUUCUAUACGACUGUCAUGUUUAUGUACUUACAGCCGAGUUCCACUCACUCCAUGGACACAGACAAAAUUGCGUCAGUGUUCUACACCAUGGUCAUCCCCAUGCUGAACCCUCUGGUCUACAGCCUGAGGAACAAAGAAGUCAAGAAUGCAUUCGAGAAAGUUGUUGGAAAAGCAAAGUCUCCAUGGUGCUUAGCCUAUUAG